CCAAAAGCUGUCGCAUGCGCAGAACCCCACCAUCGGCGGUCGGGACUUGCGUGCACUUGAUGCCAGCUGCCAUGUACGUCAUGCCCCUCCCUCCAAUGGGACGGCCCAGCGUCUUAUCUAACGUCAGGUACCUACUACGUACCUAAUGUGUGGGCCCCCGACCCGUGCCCCUGUUUGUGGGGAGUCCUCCGUGUCGGGUACCUUAGAAAUACAGGCGUAUCCGCCUCUAACAUCGCUGACAAGAGGUACCUCAGCGGUACUGACAGGAUAACUUGCAACGGGAUGAAGCUGAUUGGGUGUUGACAGGCAUUCGCGAAAACGCGCCCGUCCUCGGUGCCACUGUAAAGUGUCGCGUCGCGUCUGGCGGGAAGAGGGAAAGUAGAGUGGAAAGGACCCUCCUCUUCCCUUUCCACCCCCAAUCCAGCAUAACCUGAUGCCUUUUUUCUCCCACGCUGGCCAAUUGCUUGACCUCCUCCUCCCCAACAACAACAAUCCUUAUCCAUCCGUCUCCCUACUCCCCAGCUUCCGUAUUCUACCACUUUUUGAGCAUGCUCUCUUCUUCCUCGUGAAUUCGGCCUAGAGAACGCUCCCGUCUCCCCCAGUCAACAUGUCCAAGGCCGCUAGCAAGCGGAACAAAUACGCCGAGCUGCGAGCUCUACGCAUCUCGGGCAAGAAGGCGUACGACUCGUACGAGGUUGAGGAGAAGCAGGACCUCUACGACGAAGUCGACGAGAACCAGUACAAGAAGCUCGUCCGCGACCGCCUGAACCAGGACGACUUUGUCGUCGACGACAAUGGCGAAGGCUACGCCGACGACGGCCGAGAGGAAUGGGACCGGGUGCAGGCCUACGAUUCAGAUUCCGAGGUCGACGUCCCGCUCCAAGGGAGCCGCCACAAGUCAGAUAAGAAGAAGCGUGACGAGAAGAAGGCGAAGCGGGACGCGGACGACCGGAACAUCGGCGAAUAUUUCAUGAAGGGCCAAGCCGCCGCUCAGCCGAAGCCAAAGGUCGUGAAAACCGAGGAUGACGAUAAGUUCUUGGCCGACCUUCUCGGCGAAGUCGAUGCGAACAUUCCCGCCCCGGUCUCGCGAGCCCCUAAGCGCCAUAGAUCCCCGGAACGGCGUCGACCUCCCGUCCUGUCGCCUGUCCGCGGGAGUCGAGCGCCGGCUACCAAGAAGGCCAGGCUCAGCGAGGACCCACUACCGCCAACACCUCAAGCGCAAGAUGCCCCCGCUGCUGAUGACGAUUUUCUCCCAGAUAUAGAUGACGAUGAUUUCCUAGCGUCGACUGCCGAUAUCCCUAUGAGUGAUGCUGCCCCCGUUCCCUCGUCCCCUACGGCAGCCGUCCUCUCACGCAAGGCUCAAGUUAAGACCGAGCCUGCGGAUGACGAGGUCGAGGAGAUGAUGGAGGUGUCUCAUUCCGGCGCGAUCAACGUCGCGAGUGUCAAUCUGUCCGCGUCUCGACCCGUCAAGAAACUUCCUAAACCCGCCCCGUAUCCCACCCCUGCUAGUUCGUCGCCGUCAAAAGCUCCCGAGGCCGCCAUCGACCCCUCGUCUUGGAAUAAGCUUACCAACAAGCUGAAUGUCGUCGAUAGCUCGCCGAACGAGACUCGAAGUAUCGCCAAGAUCGACUAUAGAUGUGCCAUCGAGGAAGACGGCAGCCUCAACAUGUUCUGGACCGACUAUACCGAAGUCGACGGCUCGCUCUGCUUGUUCGGCAAAGUCCUCAACAAGAGGACUGGGGCAUACGUCAGUUGCUUCAUCAAGGUCGACAACAUCUUGAGGAAGCUGUACUUUCUGCCCCGGACCUACCGUCAGAAGAAUGGACAGGAUACCAGCGACGAGGUCGAAAUGAUGGAGGUCUAUUCCGAGGUUGACGAAAUCAUGACCAAGCUGAAAGUUGAUAUGCACAAGAUCAAGCCGUGCACUCGGAAAUAUGCUUUCGAGCUACCUGGAAUUCCCAAGGAGGGCCAGUACUUGAAGCUGUUAUAUCCCUACAAGAACCAACAGAUCCCCUCCGAGACGACAGGCGAGACCUUCUCCCACGUUUUCGGCACAAACACGGCGCUUUUCGAGCAGUUCGUGCUUUGGAAAAACAUCAUGGGCCCUUGUUGGCUGAAGAUUAGAGAUGCCGACUUCACGACGCUGAAAAACAUCUCACACGCGAAGCUCGAAGUCCUUGUCGACAAUCCCGACACGGUAUCUACGUUGAGCGAUUGCGAUAAUUUGGAUGCGCCUCCCCUCACGCUCAUGAGUAUGGCGAUGCGGACGACAUUCAACGUUAAAGACAACAAGCAGGAGAUACUCGCGAUCAGCGCCCGUAUCUACGAGAAUGUCCAACUCAGCGAUACCACCCCGGCGGAGAAACUACCUUCGAAGAUGUUCACGCUAAUCAGACCGGUUGGGUCUGCUUUUCCCCUUGGCUUCGAAACGCUAGCGAAGGGGAGGGCGAAGGCGUUCAUAAAAUUGGUGAAGCAAGAGUCCGAGAUAUUGUCUUUUUUCCUGGCGCAGGUUGACCUCAUCGACCCCGACGUGAUCGUUGGCCACCAACUUGAGGGUGUCGACUACAGCAUCUUGGUGAGCCGGCUACGUGAGAAGAAGACACCCCAAUGGUCACGACUGGGGCGACUGCGCAGGACACAAUGGCCGUCAUCCAUAAGCAAAGCGGGUGGCAACGUGUUCGCGGAACGCCAAAUCAUGGCUGGCCGCCUGUUAUGCGACCUGGCCAACGAGGCUGGAAAGUCUGUCAUGUAUAAGUGCCCGUCGUGGAGCUUGACGGAGAUGUGCAGCAUCUAUCUCGGCGGGGAUACUCGAAGGCAAGAAUUUGAUAACGACACCGCUCUCAAGACCUGGGCGACGGAGAAAUCGGGCUUGAUGGGCUAUGUCACCCAUAUGGAGGCCGACACGUAUUUCAUCGCCGCGCUGGCCUUGGGCACGCAAAUGUUGCCUCUGACAAAGGUCCUGACAAAUUUGGCGGGCAACUCGUGGGCUCGCACACUGACCGGUACGCGAGCGGAGCGAAAUGAGUACAUUCUGCUCCACGAAUUCCACCGCAAUAAAUAUAUCUGCCCGGACAAGCAAGUCUUCAAGGGACGAGUAAAGAUCGAGGAAGAUAACGACGCCGAAGAAGCUGCCGAUGGCAAGAAGAAGGAUAAGUAUAAGGGAGGCUUGGUCUUCGAACCGGAGAGGGGCCUAUAUGAUAAGUUUGUGCUAGUCAUGGACUUCAACUCGCUGUAUCCUUCCAUCAUCCAAGAGUUCAACAUCUGCUUCACGACAGUUGAGCGUAGCUCAUUGUCGGAGGAUGACGAAACAGUCCCGGAAGUUCCUACGGGACAGGAGCAAGGUAUAUUACCGAGGCUCAUCGCAACUCUUGUCGGUCGGCGGCGGCAGGUCAAGUCGCUCAUGAAGGAUAAGAACGCCACCCCUGAGCAACUUGCCACCUGGGAUAUCAAGCAGUUGGCCUUAAAGCUGACAGCCAACUCCAUGUAUGGUUGUCUUGGGUAUACUCGAUCCCGCUUCUACGCUAGGCCUCUUGCCGUCCUCACGACCUACAAAGGUCGCGAGAUCCUGCGUAGCACCAAAGAGCUCGCCGAGUCGAAAUCCCUCCAGGUUAUUUACGGCGAUACCGAUUCGGUCAUGAUCAAUGCCAAUGUAGACACGGUCGCGGACGCUCUCAAGGUCGGCGCGGAGUUCAAGAAGGCCGUCAACGCGAAAUAUCGCCUACUCGAAAUCGACAUUGACAACAUCUUCCGACGUAUCUUGCUCCAGGCCAAGAAAAAGUACGCUGCCAUCAACAUGGUAGAGGUGCCUGGUGGCAAGUUCAUCGAGAAGAUGGAAGUCAAGGGCCUCGACAUGAGGCGUAGAGAGUUUUGCAAAUUAUCAAAGGAUAUUUCAGAGCGCGUCCUCAACGAAAUUCUGUCUGGCGAUGACACGGAAGUCUCUGUUCAACGAAUACACGAGUACUUGCGCGAGAUAGCGGGGAAGAUGCGGGGGCACAACAUUCCCACCCAUAAGUAUAUCAUCUACACGCAGCUGGGCAAGGCGCCGAAGGAUUACCCGAACGCAGACUCGAUGCCGCAGGUCCAGGUCGCGUUGCGGGAGAUCGCGCGCGGCAAGAAUAUCCGCCGCGGGGAUGUCAUUUCUUACAUCGUGACCGGGGACAGCAAGACUACCUCGGAGCCGGUCGCCAAACGCUCGUUCACACCGCAAGACGUGACGAAACCGGACUCGGGUCUCCAAGUGGAUGUCGAGUGGUAUAUGGGCAAGCAGAUUUUCCCACCCGUCGAGCGUCUCUGUGCCAACAUCACCGGAACCUCCACCUUGCAACUCGCGGAGCAGCUCGGCCUCGACAUACGCCGCUAUGCGAAUAACCCUACCCAUAGCCAGUCAGGAUCCAACGGACCCGAUUUCCAUCCGCUAGAAUCUCAGAUUCCCGACGACGUCCGCUUCCGCGACUGCACACGCCUCUCGUUGCGCUGCCGCAAGUGCAAGGCCUCGGCCCCCUUCGAGGGCCUCGUCUCGCCGGCGGAACCGAACCGCGUGACGCCGCACGGGGUAGCCUGCCCGUCGUGCGCGGCGGUGAUCCCGAACAUCAGCAUCGUGGCGCAGGUCGAGCGCGCGAUCCGGACGGAGACGUCGCGGUACUACGAGGGGUGGCUGGUAUGCGACGACACGUCGUGCGGGGCGCGAACGCGGCAGAUGUCGGUGUACGGGUCGCGGUGCCUCGGGCCGAAGGGGCUCGGGACCGGGUGCACGGGGCGGAUGCGGUACGAGCGCGGGGAGCGCGCCGCGUACACCCAGCUGGCGUACUUCGCGUCGCUGUGGGACGUGAAAAAGGCGAAGGAGCGGGCGACGUCGGGCGCGGCGGGGCUCGGCGGCCAAGGCAACGGCGGCAGCCUCACCGACGGCGAGCGCCAGAGCGUGCUCGCGCUCGCGGAGCACAACCACACCCGCUUCGGCACCGUUAUGCGCGUCGUCGAGAGCCACCUCGAAAAGUGCGGCUACGGCUGGGUCGCGAUGGACGCGCUCUUCGGCAAGGUCGGCCUCGCCGCCGUCUAAACUGCUUGCUGGCCGAGCCCCCUCCCUCUCUCACCCCGAUCGACCCCUGUCGACGGCUGCGGUUUUCGCUCGUCUUAAUUAACCCUACCCACUAGUAGCGAGCGAGUUGUCCGUGCUGGCGGACCGCGAAGGAGUGGAGAAAGAAAAAGAAGAAUCAGGCCCCGAGAAGGAACGAGAGCUAGGUACCCAAAUUCAGUUGGACGAUCAUGGCGGUCGGCGUUCUACGGUUGCGUCUGCCUCUUCUUUUCCUGUCUGUUUUCGUUUGCGUACGCCUCGCAGAGAAGCUCGAGGGCUGUCGGGUGGGAUUCCCGGGCGGGAUCGGAUGCGCUUUCGUAGGUAGUAGCGCACGCGGUCGACACGUGUAUAUAUGUACGUACCUACGUAUGUGUGAGCUCAGGCUUGCUUGUAAUGAAAAAGGGAACAUCGAAUCACG